GCCGUCGCCGACGAGUCGGUUCCUCCCGUCUGCCCCGCCUCGGUCCGACGGCGGCGGGAUCGGGCUGGCCGCGACUCCGGCUGGGCCCUGGCGGCGCGGCGCAAACGCGAGGUGGUAGACUCCACUCACAGCUGGUGGCUCCUCGUCUCCUCGCGGCUUCUCUGCAAUCUAUUCGCGCUGCAGUGCAAGUCGAAGAGAACGGAGAACUGGAGGGGUUCUGGAUUGCGAGAGUGGUUUGGUUUUCGAAUAAUUCUGCCGGCAUCGAUCUCGAUAAAAUUGGCAGCAAGCAUCCUAGGAUGAGGCGCCUGGCAUAUAUGUACCAGAGCAGCUCCGUGGACUGGAGUCUAGAGCAUUCGAUGCCCAGUGUCCGUGCGGAGUCGAUUUCUUGACGGGGUUUCAAGAUCGCUUGACAUGUGAAUCCUUUGUCUACCACCUUCUUACUGCUGUUGGUUAUACAAAGCUACAAGUUUCAGAAUAUUGAUGAUCUUUUUCUCCUCGUUUUGAUUUUACGAUCGUUUCUGCUUCUUGUUUGCUUUCCCUUGUCUAUCCUUUGGCAAUUGAUUGACUCCUUUGAAUCAUCUAUUAGGUGAUGGUCAUGUAGUCAGGAGGGCUGCGGCCUUCAGAGAGAAGAUUAAGUAGUGAGGGAAAGAUCGAAGGGGACUUGUGAUCAGAUACUGCUAAUUUUAGGUGGCCUGGCCGCCUGGCUAGCAGAGUUGAGGAAAUUUUUUUUAAAAAAAAAGAAUUAACGAAGACUAUAAACUUGUUUAGCCGGAGGCCGUGCUUGUGAGCUGGAGAAAACAACUUUCUCAUCAAUUAGCAUUUAGAUAAAUAAAAGCUCAGCGUGACAUCAGUUUGGCCUGCCUUUUGGACCAUGACAUACUCUCUGGUUCUACCUUUCUGCUUUGCAAAAAGCUAACUUGACUUCAUUUUUGUCUUAGUUUUUGGAUCAUGGAAUGCUGCCAUAGUUUUUUCUUUUUGACACUGCCCAAGUGUAAGUCCACCCAUACUUUUGAGACAUUCAUGCUUCUCUUUAGUUGUUAUAUAACUACAAGAAUGGACAGGUACCUUAAUUUCAGGAAGGAACCGCUAUAAGGUGAUGCAAUCCAUCCUGCAAAUUGUUACGUUUUGUGCAAUAUCACAUAUGGUAGUCUCUGCAAUGCUUUCCCAUAAGUCCUCUCACAAAGUUGCUUCCCAUAAAGUUUCCAAAUGUUCCUGAUCAUAUAAGCUCGUUCUAUACCUUAGCUGAUUUGUUAUUCCUUCAUCUAUCGUUAAGAUAAAGUCAGUCCAUUCUUUUUAAAGAAUAUGUGGGAGAGCUGUGUAUCAUUGCAUUCAGAAGAAAAAAGAAAAUACGCACCAAAGUCAGUACAUUAACUGUUCCUUUUACUGGCUGCUAGACUUUGUACUUGUAUUCUGGUGCACUAUCAAGCAUGGUGAAUGCAUUUGUACUUGCUCUCUCCUUUAUCAUCAGUUCUUAGGUAUAUUUUACUGUAGAUGAAAUUAUCUUUCAUGGUCAAUGCAGGGAUUCUAACCUCUGUUUUGGAAGCGUCAUACCUAGGAAAUUAGGUUUCUGUAGCAUGUCGUUAUUUGACCAUGGAAUCUUGCAACUAUUUCAAGAAACUAACAUAGGGAUAUGAUGUACAUGAACUGGAACCUUAGUACGAUGACUCGAUGAGUGAUGUUUUAGAAUUAUAUAACUAUCUAAAUGAACAUCACAAUUCUGAUUUUUUGCAUGAGAUCAGUGCAAGAAAGUUGUGGAACCACCACAAGUAGACAUUUCCCGUUUAAUCUCAUACCUAGUUUGUCAUCAAAAAAAUCCAUUUCUAAUGUCAUAGACAUGCCGUGAAAAGCAAAGCUAAUCUUUCUUGGGAAUCGUUAACUACCGUCUAAUUUAGGUGAAGAUUGGAGCUGAUAGUGGACAAGCAACGAAUAUACUGCAUAAUUAUGUUCAUAUCAGUGUAAAAUGCGCGCACCCACCUCAAAAACAAAAUUAAUGUGCAUAUGAUAAAAGCUGAUUAGGUCACAAAGUGGAGAAAGAUGGUUACAGCUAUAUUAUACGGAUACUUUUGGUUUAAUUGCUGCUUAGAGCGGAAAGAGAUCAAAGGACUCCGCUCCACUACCCAUAGAACCCGGGCACUGCUCUCGAGAUGUUCUCUAAAGAACAAUUAUCUUAGUUAAUUAAAUAAUGACUAAAUAUGUAUAGCUUCAGUGUUAUGGACCCUUGCCAAUUUUAUAUUGGUGUUUCUAAUCAUUUCACAGUGCGCACCAAAGAACUGAUUGAUUUGUGUAGUCUACAACUCUAUAUUUGUUCUUGAUUUUGCAGGUUUACAAUAGGAGUUGUGAAAGUAGAGGGGAGGGGCAAUUGUUUCUUGCAAGCCAGUUGAUGGAAAAUAGGCUAAUUCACAAUACAUCAGAGUGCAAUUUAUCACUAUCUAAUCAUUACAUACCGUUGAUAAAUUCAUCUAUUCAUGUCUUGAUGAAGCCAGCAUAUGAUCUGGAUUGGUGUUCAAUGAUACUUAUGUUGAAGAUUGAUUUUGGUACAGAAUAAUUGAUUUUAAUCCAUGGUUUAUUUCGAAAUGAAAUGAUUGCAAGAUUUCUGCAUGGCACUCGUUAAUUGGACAUCUGAAGCUCAGCUGCUGCUCUGGAGUCUAAAGUUCAUUUUAUUUCUGGAACUCUGCUUGUAAAAUGAGGACUUUCCUGAUUAUAGCUCCUUGAGUUUGUCACUGAGAAAGCUUCUACCAUUUUCUCAAGCAUGGCAAGGCUACAAAUCUGAAGAACAAAAUAUGUAUGGUAUGUAUUAACCCUUCUAGCUUAAUAUUUGAACGGCAGGUACAUUUUCUUUUCUAUCAGUUGUGUUCGGUUUCAGUUUCUGGUACCAUAUGCUUGAAGAGCUUCAUUUCCAGUGGCAGAUGGGCAUCUGUUUUCAGAAACAUCACAAGGUCGAGUCCAUAAUAUUUCAGCAGGUUCAUCGAUCAAUGGCAAUGAGUGAGCAUUGUUCCUCAGUCUAUUCAAUCAGAGCAUGCAAGUAUAGUCAUUGAUUUCAUGGAUUGCUGAUGGUUCUAGUUCGACUUUAAUCUCUGUACAUGUAUGUUAUCAGAGGUCAGAGCACUUAUCUCUGUGCAGUAAGCAGUUUGUACCAUAACCUUUUCAGGUAAAACAAGCAGCCCUGCAACAGAAGUUCUACUUCCAAUGUAAAUCCCCUGCAAGUUCCAUUAUCUUCUACAGGAUCGGGAUCAGUGACGCAGCAGUGGUUACUCAGAACAGCUCAUUUACCAAUGGGAAUUUGGAAGUGCAGGAAGGUAGAUCUAGAUCUGUGUGCCUGCAAAAUUUCCUGCCCUUUUGCCAGUAUAUAUUUCAUCUGCUGGAUGGCGGCUUCCUCUACAUUAAUACCAAGUACAAGGGGGCAGUAAUUAACAAAGCAUUUAACUGUGGAAAGGCAAGAUUAGAUCUAACCCAGGGCAUGUGACAGCAGCUCCAUUGAGGGGUUUGGAUCCAAUCCUCCCAGUAUAAUCUGCCAAGGAAGUGAGGAACAGCCUCUGCCAUUGAGCUUUAUAUAAUUGUUACUGCAUGGAAUGAACUGGCUCUCAUUCACCUCUGUGCCAUGUGUUACCACUGGGUCACCAGCUGUGAUGUCUCCUUUUAUUCUCCUUUUUAACUUUCAAUCAACUCUGGAGAUUCUUACUACCAUAGCAGUUCAAUUGUCACCCUGCAAUGAUUGUAAUUACAGUGCAGGGCCUACUGGUUGUUUAUGCCAAGACAUUAAAGUGGAUUCAAGAGAAAUUUGGUUCAUGUGCAUUCAAAAUUUCAAAUAAAAAAGAACUCGAAACUUUUGUGAUAGUACAUUUAUGUUCUGGCAUGAAUGGAACUCUUCUGAAAUCUGAAUCUGCCUCCUUGUUCAGCUGAAAGAUUUUUCUUCACUUUUUUAACAAAUUUUACCAACUCUGUUCUAAUGUUUGCAGUUUGUGGAUAUGCUCAAGCACGUUGCAUGGAGUGGAUGAUAGAACUCUUCAGAUUCAGUUUCUUCCAUCGAUACUGCAGAAGUCCAUUUGAUCGAUGUAUCCUUUUACUGCAAUUCCACACCAUUUCUUUCAAGUCUCAGCUCUUGUCAUUCUUCUGUUCUAGAACUUCAAUUGUGACCCUGCAAAACUUAAAACUGCAACCAAGCACUUGCUUGCUGUCAAAAAAUGCUACUCUAACCGCCUGUUAAUUUAUCUUAUCCCCCGUGACACACAGGCUUUCCAUGAAGUUACUUAACUGUCUUCCUGAUCUGAUGCGGCCGGUGUGGCGCUGCUCUGAGGUGAGGCACACCAUCUUUUCAUCUGAGCAUCAAAGCUGUUGCCGCCAUUUAAAAAUCUAUCGCAAAGCAAUUAGUCGUUGGUGUGUGUGAUCCCUACCCAAAAUUUUCAAAUACCUAACCCUCCAAUCCUACCAGUAACCUAGCAUUUAGCAGCAGCAAUUACCCUGCACUAGAGGCCACAAAGAUGGACAGAGGUGUAUGCAGUGUGCAGCACUGACCUUGGAUCCAGAGAUUCUGCAGGCAAACAAACACGGCCUGCAUUGCUCCAUGACCUCAUCAAACUCUACGCUCUUUAACCUACUCCUACCCCUCUCAAACAUAGCCUAUUGCCCUAUUUAGACCUUACUUUCUUGUUCUUACUGCUAACCUUUGGGCUUUGGCCUCCCUCUUCCUUGCAACUACAAGCAUAUAAAAACCUUGCACCAUCUCCCAUCACAUGGCCUCUCUUUCUCUCUCUUCGUCUUCCUCCUCUGUUUGUACUAGUCUUGCGACAUAAGCAAGACCAAGAUUUGGGGGGCAAUUAGCAGUAGUACAUUACGGUUCUACAGAAUUAUUGUGUUCUUGGUCAUAUACUUGCAAUUCAGUACAGGUGUGUUUGUCUAUGGGUCUUGGUGUUAUGAUGAGUAGAAGAAGCAAAUGGCGGGCGGCGGAGGUGGCGCUGUGCACGGUGCUGCUGCUGUGCGUAGGCUGCGCCGUCGCCGUGGACGAGCAGGGCGCGGCGCUGCUGGCGUGGAAGGCCACGCUGCGGGGCGGCCACGCGCUGGCCGACUGGAAGCCUAGCGACGCGUCGCCGUGCCGGUGGACCGGCGUGACGUGCGACGCCGACGGGGGCGUCACGGAGCUCAGCCUGCAGUUCGUCGACCUGUUCGGCGGCGUGCCGGCCAACCUGACCGCCCUGGGCGCCACGCUGUCCCGGCUCGUCCUCACCGGCGCGAACCUGACGGGGCCGAUCCCGCCGGGGCUCGGCGAGCUGCCGGCGCUGGCGCACCUCGACCUCAGCAACAAUGCGUUCACGGGGAGGAUACCAGCGGAGCUGUGCCGGGAAGGGAGCAAGCUCGAGACGCUGUACCUCAACUCCAACCGACUGGAGGGCACGCUUCCGGACGCCAUCGGCAACCUCACGGCGCUCCGCGAGCUCAUCAUCUACGACAACCAGCUCGCCGGCAAGAUACCGGCGGCUAUCGGGCGGAUGGCCAGCCUCGAGGUGCUCCGCGGCGGCGGCAACAAGAACCUCCAGGGCGCGCUCCCCACGGAGAUCGGCAACUGCUCCAGGCUCACCAUGAUCGGCCUCGCCGAGACCAGCAUCACCGGGCCGCUGCCGGCGAGCCUCGGCCGGCUCAAGAACCUCACCACGCUGGCCGUCUACACGGCGCUGCUCUCCGGCCCGAUACCGCCGGAGCUCGGCCAGUGCAGCAGCCUGGAGAACAUCUACCUCUACGAGAACGCGCUGUCCGGGUCCAUCCCGGCGCAGCUCGGCGGGCUCAGGAAGCUCACCAACCUGCUGCUGUGGCAGAACCAGCUCGUCGGCAUCAUCCCGCCGGAGCUCGGCUCGUGCCCCGGGCUCACCGUCGUGGACCUCUCCCUCAACGGGCUCACCGGCCACAUCCCGGCGUCGUUCGGCAACCUGGCGUCGCUGCAGCAGCUGCAGCUCAGCGUCAACAAGCUCUCCGGCGCGGUGCCGCCGGAGCUCGCCCGGUGCGGCAACCUCACUGACCUCGAGCUCGACAACAACCAGCUCACCGGCAGCAUCCCCGCCACGCUCGGCAGCCUCCCGUCGCUGCGCAUGCUCUACCUCUGGGCCAACCAGCUGACCGGCACCAUCCCGCCGGAGCUCGGCCGGUGCGCGAGCCUUGAGGCGCUCGACCUGUCCAACAACGCGCUGACGGGUCCCGUCCCGCGCUCACUCUUCGCCCUGCCGCGCCUGUCCAAGCUGCUGCUCAUCAACAACAACCUCUCCGGCGAGCUGCCGCCGGAGAUCGGCAACUGCACGUCCCUCGUCCGCUUCCGGGUGAGCGGCAACCACAUCGCCGGCGCGAUACCGGCCGAGAUAGGCAAGCUGGGAAAUCUCAGCUUCCUCGAUCUCAGUUCGAAUCGGCUGUCCGGCGCUCUGCCGGCCGAGAUAUCCGGGUGCCGGAAUCUCACGUUCGUCGACGUCCACGACAACGCCAUCGCCGGCGAGCUGCCGCCGGGGAUGUUCCAGGACUUGCUCUCGCUCCAGUACCUCGACCUAUCCUACAACGCCAUCGGCGGCACCCUCCCGUCGGACAUCGGCAUGCUCACCUCGCUCACGAAGCUCAUUCUCAGUGUCAACCGGCUGUCCGGGCCGGUACCGCCGGAGAUCGGUUCCUGCUCCCGGCUCCAGCUCCUCGACGUCGGCGGCAACACGCUUUCCGGCAAGAUUCCGGGGAGCAUCGGCAAAAUUCCGGGGCUGGAGAUUGCUCUGAACCUCAGCUGCAACAGCUUCACCGGCACGAUCCCGCCAGAGUUCGCCGGGCUUGUGAGGCUCGGGGCGCUCGACGUCUCGCACAACCAGCUCUCCGGCGAUCUCCAGACGCUGUCCGCGCUCCAGAACCUCGUGGCGCUCAACGUAUCCUUCAACGGCUUCACCGGACGGAUGCCGGAGACGGUGUUCUUCGCGAAGCUGCCGACGAGCGACGUGGAGGGCAACCCGGCGCUGUGCCUCUCCCGGUGCGCGGGCGGCGACGCCGGUGACCGCGAGCGCGACGCGCACCGCGCCGCACGCGUUGCGAUGGCCGUGCUGCUCUCCGCCCUCGUCGUGCUCCUUCUGAUCGCGGCGCUCAUCCUCUUCGGGCGGCACCGGCGCGCCGCCCGCGCCGGCGGCGGCGGGGACAAGGCGGACGGCGAGAUGUCGCCGCCGUGGAACGUGACGCUGUACCAGAAGCUGGAGAUCGGCGUGGCGGACGUGGCGCGCAGCCUGACGCCGGCGAACAUCGUCGGGCAGGGGUGGUCCGGCGCGGUGUACCGCGCGAGCCUGCCGUCGAGCGGCGCCACCGUCGCGGUGAAGAAGUUCCGGUCGUGCGACGAGGCGUCCGCCGAGGCGUUCGCGUGCGAGGUGAGCGUGCUCCCCCGGGUGCGCCACCGCAACAUCGUGCGGCUGCUGGGGUGGGCGGCCAACCGCCGCACGCGCCUGCUGUUCUACGACUACCUCCCGAACGGCACCCUGGGCGGCCUGCUCCACGGCGGCGGCGGCGUGACCGCCGCCGUGGUGGAGUGGGAGGUGCGGCUCGCGAUCGCCGUCGGCGUCGCCGAGGGCCUCGCGUACCUCCACCACGACUGCGUGCCGGGCAUCAUCCACCGCGACGUCAAGGCCGACAACAUCCUCCUCGCGGAGCGCUACGAGGCCUGCCUCGCCGACUUCGGCCUCGCCAGGUUCGCCGACGAGGGCGCCAAUUCGUCGCCGCCGCCGUUCGCCGGAUCCUACGGCUACAUCGCUCCGGAGUACGGGUGCAUGACCAAGAUCACGACGAAGAGCGACGUGUACAGCUUCGGCGUGGUGCUGCUGGAGAUGAUCACCGGGCGGCGGCCGCUGGAGCCGUCGUUCGGGGAGGGGCAGAGCGUGGUGCAGUGGGUGCGCGACCACCUCUGCCGGAAGCGCGAGCCCCUGGAGGUGAUCGACGCGAGGCUGCAGGGCCGGCCGGACACGCAAGUCCAGGAGAUGCUGCAGGCGCUCGGCAUCGCGCUGCUCUGCGCCAGCCCUCGCCCCGAGGACCGGCCCGUCAUGAAGGACGUGGCGGCGCUGCUGCGCGGCAUCCAGCACGACGACAGCGUCGAGGCACGGAAAGCCGGCGGCGGGGCGGAGGCCGCCGACGCCGAGGCGGCGGCGGGGAUGAGGAAAUGGGCCGACCCGAAGCAGCCCAUUUCGCCGAGUAAGCUGAUUGCUCUGGCCCAUCCAGCCCAAUCUCAAGCCCAGGCCCGGGAAAGUUCAGGGUCGCAAAGCCUGCUCAAGAACCGGGAGUGAUAUGGAUGAUCUGGACACUUUGGGCCCACUGGCAGUGUGAGUACGGAACCGGAGGGUAUACAUCCCGGGGGACCCGUAGAAAAGGUGGAUGACCGGUCAUAGCUGCGGUUUGUUGUGAAAGAGUAGCG